AGCAAAGCAAAGCUAAAACGCCAAAGAAGAAGACGAAGAAGAGCACGUCACAUCAUAACACGGAGCUAGCUAAGCUAAAUGUUGCCCGUAACCAUGAACGGUUGUAGUCCGCGGCUCAGCGUAGAGUUCUGAGGGAAACAAUGAUUUCAGUGAGCUACAUUCUGUUGUGUGGACAGUUGCUUCUGCUACUGACUGUCAUUCUGCUCCAAUGUCUGGAAGGGAUACACUCUCAGAACUCCACGACAACGGAAAGUCCUACUUCUGCGAACCAGGGAGCUACUUCCCUUCCGUUCAGCGAGCAGCCGUCGGAGGCUGUGAAGCUGGAGAACAGCUCUGAGUCCGAGCCCUACGAGUACAGACCCCCGUCACCGGUCGUCCUCUGCAGCUACCUCCCAGAGGAGUUCCUCUACUGCCAGGAGCCCCUGGACCACGCAGGCAACCACAGCGCCUUCGUGGAGGCAGGCCACGGCUGUGUGGGGUGGGGGGGGCAGACGCAGAAGGAGGUCAACCACACGCCAGUCAUGUGCGCUGCACUUGAUGACAUAGAGUGUGCUGGGCCCAGGGAGUUUCUCAGAGGAAGUGUACCCUGCAUCAAAUAUACCGGACACUACUUCAUCACCACGCUGCUGUACUCCUUUUUCCUGGGCUGCUUUGGGGUCGACCGAUUCUGCCUGGGCCACACCGGCACUGCUGUGGGGAAGUUGCUCACACUGGGAGGCCUCGGGAUCUGGUGGUUCGUGGACCUGAUUCUCCUCAUCACUGGAGGCCUGAUGCCCAGUGAUUACAGCAACUGGUGCACCUACUACUGACACCAUAGUGACUGUACGAUAAGGCUUCACAACAGGCACCAGUUUAUCACAAAUAGAUCAAGUAUAAGCGUAAGCCACGAGAACUGACAGGUAAUUGGAUGUGUAUCCUGCACAGUCAGCACUAAGUGGACUCACAUGGCAAAGUCGCUAUGUUUCACUCCUCAUCCUCUACAACAGGAAAGAAAGCCAGUGUGCUCGUUACCAUAGUAACUAAAUGAUGAAUGGAAUAGUAACUGAUAAAUUUAUAAGAACACAUUAUUGUUACUAUGAAAUAUGAAACCACAAAUUAACUCCACCAAUUUGCUUGGAGGCCACCACUGUACAUCCCCUGGUAAUAUUGCAGCAUGUCUGACUUUACUUGCUGACCAAGAAACUUGGAGCACUCGCUUUUAAAAAAAAAACUGCCUCUAGCUGACCCUGCUGCUCUCUGUGUUUUAGAUGUGAACCUGCUGUGGUGAUGAUUUACUCCUUUUUACUCAGCUUCUGCUUUUCUUCCUAAAGCCCCAUAUUUAAAAAGUCACAUUUACUUUGUUGUGUUGUUCAGGCUGAGCAAGAUUCAUUAGCUGACGGUCCAUUAACCCACCUGUCAAUCAGCUACAGCAGUACUUUCAGCAGUCUAUGCCUUUUUAGGUGGCAAGACAUUUUUCUAUUUAAUUCCUACUAUGACAGUGUCAGUGAUAGACACCAGAGUGUUUAUUCUUCUUAAGUUUAAUGUAAUUUUUUUCUUUCAAAUCUGUUUUUUAAUAAUUUCUUCUCAUUAUAAUAAAUCAGGGGUCUCAAAUCGAUUCUGUUGAGGGCCACUAUCCCUGCUGGUUUUCCAGCUCUCUUUGCUGAUUACUUUAAACAGGUGUGUCAGUUGUCCUUUCCAGCUUGUCAUUGACUGAACACACCUGGUCAAGGUAAUCAGUAGGCGCCGGGGUAGGGAAAGUUGGAAACAGCGGCCCACGACGGAAUUGGUUUGAGACCCUUGGUGUAAAUUAUUCUCCGUCUUUCAGAACUUUAAUGUUUGCGAGUCUCUUGUACAUAGCUUAAUAUUCAACUGCUUGGUUAUGGUGAAAUCCAUUAAACUAUUUAUUUUUGUGUUGAAUUUAAGGGAGUCCUGUACUACUGGAUGUGACAUCUCAGCUGAUGCCGUUCUUUAUCCUGAUUGUCCUGCUGUGUCUUUUUGAAGGUUUUCUAUCUUGUAUUUAGCACAUCUGACAGUCCGUAAUAAAAAUGUUUUUCUUUA